AUGUGCUCGUACUCCUUCUCGUACUAUUACUGCGGUUGCGACCAGUUCGUUUGGUGGGACACUCUUGAGUAUUGCGGCAACCGAUGCAUCAGCGCGCACGGCGUCGACAUCAGGACGGUUAAUAUGUGCAGGGACCAGGUAGCGACCUCUCUCGGCUUCUCGUAUUGGUACUGCGCUGAGUGCAGCGAAGAUCAUACGCUG